AGUGUCGCUUUCGGCUAGGACGCGAGAGGGCGCCGCUCGCGCUCCGCUAAGCCACGUGACUCGUUGUUUGAAUCGUAAAACAAACAAACAAUGCUAUCUCGAUACAAUACAGCUAAACUAUGAGAUCAAAAUCGCUCGGAGAUGAAUAUUACAACGAGACCGCCGUACAGUCACGGAAAACUUUUCAUGUUAUUCAGUUUCGUGGUUGCUGUGUUCCUAACGGGAGUAUUUCUCCGGAAAAGAAGCAAACAAUCGCAGCUCACGAAUCCGCACGAAAUUCAGGAGCCCGAGGACAUCGAAUACGAGUCUAUGAUAAAUGCGAACGCAACGGAGCCGACUAAAACACGAAGAAAAGAAUACCUGUACCGCCUUUUGACAAAUACGACCCGUUCGCUCAUACAAAUGGAAAUAAAAGCCAGGAGACUGGAGGAAAAUAUACGGAGGAUCGAGGAGAAGACUGCGGAUUUAUUGUGGAAGAACAAGGACAAAGCGUUGUGGCACAUCCUAUUCAAGAACAUAAGCAGGCACAUUUCAAUACGGCACGAGUUUCAUCAGCACGCGAGCCUGAAGCGUAUUAUGAAAGACGCGCACUCACAUAAACGCAAAACAAGAAGAAAAUAUUUAUCACACCAAUAAACAUUUAUCUAAAAUAGUUUAUACGAUAAACAGUUUUGUGUAUAAUAAUACGUUUAAGAAGAACAUUAUUUUUUUAAACUGACAAUAAAAGUAUUUUAUGUAGCAUCUUCUUAAAGUGUAACGAAUGCAGUCGAUUUUAGUCCGCGGAGCACGUAAAGGACCAGGGUAUGCGUCACCAUUAGACGCAUUUAAUAAUGGACCGAGGGAAGAACUUCUUUACGUGGUCUGCGUUCGGCCAAACAAAAACAAACAGGACUAUCUUGCAACAGUGGACGUUGAUUCUAAAUCCGCAACAUACGGCCAGGUCAUUCACCGCACCUACACGGGAGUAACAGGAGACGAACUGCAUCACAGCGGCUGGAAUGUGUGUUCGAGUUGCCAUGACAACGCGGCACUGAAGCGAGACCUUCUCAUAAUGCCGGGAUUGCAUUCCUGCAAUGUCUACGCCGUUGACGUCGGGACCGAUCCUAGGAAGCCUCGAUUGCAUAAGGUAAUCGACGGCUCAAAGAUGAGGUCAUUCAACUGCAGUUUCCCGCACACGACGCACUGCCUGGCAACCGGCGAAAUUAUGAUCUCAACGAUGGGAGAUGAAAACGAAAACGGAAAGGGGGAUUUUGUGCUCAUCGACUCGAAGACUUUGGAAGUGACAGGAACGUGGACUAAGGGGAAAAAUCAUGCUAAAUUUGGCUACGAUUUUUGGUAUCAACCAUACCAUGAUGUUAUGAUUUCCUCAGAAUGGGGUACCCCGAAAUAUUUUAAAAGCGGAUUUCACGCAGAAGAUAUAUCCGACCCCGAGCGAUAUGGUACAAAGUUAAAUGUUUAUAAAUGGUCAACGCGCGAACUACAACAAGUUAUAGAUCUGGGCAGCGAGGGUUGUGCUCCGUUGGAAAUCAGAUUUCUUCAUGAUCCGAAAUCCGCCCAAGGAUUUGUCGGGUGUGCAGUCCAGGCCAAUGUUUACAGAUUCUACAAAACUGCCGAAGGAACUUGGAAAGCAGAUAAAGUCAUCGACAUACCGGCUAAAAAAGUUUUCAAAGAUGGAGUCGAGUCGGAACUUAACGGUUUAAUAUCUGACAUUCUUUUAUCAUUGGACGACAAGUAUUUAUAUUUCUCGUGCUGGCUACACGGUGAUGUUUAUCAGUAUGACAUAUCGAAUCCGGAGCACCCAAAGUUAAUAAGUCGUGUGCAUCUCGGAGGAAAAGUUGCUUCGGAAGGUUUGAAAAUCCUGGACAAGGAAGAGUUGAAGAAUUCUGAAAAACCGAUAACAGUCAAAGGCAAGAUCCUCCAAGGUGGACCACAAAUGUUGCAACUAUCAUUGGAUGGAAAACGCUUGUAUGUCUCGUCGUCGCUAUACUCACCUUGGGAUAAACAAGUUUACCCUAAAAUGGCUGAAGAGGGUGGGUGGUUAGUAAAGUUAGACGUGGAUACUGUGAAUGGAGGCAUGAAGUUGGAUCCGGAUUUCCUCGUAGACUUCGGGGCCGAACCGGACGGGCCGGCGUUGCCGCACGAAAUGAGAUACCCCGGCGGAGACUGCACUUCAGACAUUUGGUUGACAGAUGACUAAAAUAUCAUUCGUUGGCUGGCUAAUAAUAGAAUUUAUACUACAUAUUAUCAAAACGAAAUCUGCUAUAUACGAUAACGUCGUGUGCCCAUAUUUUUGGACGUUUAUUAAUGUAUGUAAAAUAACUUUAGCUUUUAUCUAAUAAUGAAAAUGUAAUCGAUUUAUAAAUCAAUUUGCAUUAUAUAUUUUUGAUAUUUUGCAGAGCGUUAUAUUUAAAAAUAAAUGUGAAAUACAUAUUUAGCUUAAAGGAAAAUUAUCAUAGUUGAGUAAAAUCUAUUAACUGUAUCACAAUAAAGAAACAUUCUGGUAAACUUAUGUAUUACAUGUAUACUAAAAAUCGAUCAAUAAAUUAUUGUCAUGUA